CAGUGAGUAGGAUGGAUACAAUACAUAGAGACGUCGGCGUUUAGGUGUACCGCUGCUUUUUGCGCUGUCGUCUCCUCAACCCAAUCCACCCACCCACCCCCCUACCAAAACACCGUACGGCUUCACACUGCUGAAUUCAGGAUUUCUCUCUGCUUUACUAUACACAGUUGUUGGAGAAGAGAAGAAGCAUGGCGGAAUCUGUUGAGCUCCCCGGUCGUCUAGCGAUUCUUCCGUUCAGGAACAAAGUGCUGUUGCCUGGCGCUAUAAUUCGAAUUCGCUGCACUUCGCCUCGCAGUGUGAAACUGGUGGAGCAAGAGUUAUGGCAGAGAGAAGAGAAGGGACUGAUUGGGGUUCUCCCUGUUCGGGAUUCUGCAGAGACUACUACUGUUGCUCCUACUUUAUCUUCAGGCGUGGCAACUGAUUCAGCUGACCGCACACCAAAAAAUCAGGCUGGUACAUCAGAGUCUCACAAACAUGAUGGCAAAAAUCAGCAGGAAGUUAUUCACUGGCAUAACCGAGGAGUUGCUGCUCGGGCUCUGCAUCUCUCGAGAGGAGUGGAAAAACCAAGUGGGAGGGUCACUUACAUAGUUGUGCUAGAAGGAUUAUGCAGAUUCAGUGUCCAAGAGCUGAGCACCAGAGGAACAUAUUAUACAGCACGGAUUACUUCUCUUGAUAUGACCAAGCCUGAGAUGGAGCAAGUUGAGCAAGACCAGGAAUUCAUUGCAUUGUCUCGCCAGUUUAAAGCCACUGCAAUGGAGCUUAUUUCUGUCCUUGAACAGAAACAAAAAACCGGAGGGAGGACAAAAGUUCUUCUGGAGACAGUUCCAGUACACAAACUGGCAGACAUUUUUGUUGCUAGCUUUGAGAUUAGUUUUGAAGAGCAGUUAUCUAUGCUGGACUCUGUUGAUGUUAAAAUAAGGCUCUCUAAGGCUACGGAGCUUGUUGACAGGCAUUUACAGUCAAUUCGUGUUGCUGAGAAGAUCACUCAAAAAGUUGAGGGGCAACUGUCAAAAUCCCAAAAAGAGUUUCUGCUUCGACAGCAGAUGAGGGCUAUAAAAGAGGAACUUGGUGAUAAUGAUGAUGAAGAAGAUGAUUUGACUGCCCUUGAGAGGAAGAUGCAAGAUGCAGGAAUGCCUGCAAAUAUCUGGAAACAUGCUCAUAGGGAACUAAGGAGACUCAAAAAAAUGCAGCCCCAGCAACCUGGAUAUAAUAGCUCCCGUGUUUACCUGGAGCUUAUUGCAGACCUUCCCUGGCAGAAGGCUAGUGAAGAACUUCAACUAGACUUAAAGGCUGCUAAGGAGCGUCUUGACAGUGACCACUAUGGUUUGGUCAAGGUUAAGCAGAGGAUAAUAGAGUACCUAGCUGUUCGCAAGCUGAAAGCAGAUGCAAGAGGUCCAGUAUUGUGCUUUGUUGGUCCUCCUGGUGUUGGGAAGACAUCUCUAGCAUCAUCCGUUGCUGCUGCUUUGGGCAGGAAAUUUGUACGCAUAUCUCUUGGUGGUGUCAAGGAUGAGGCUGAUAUAAGAGGGCACAGGAGGACGUAUAUUGGAAGCAUGCCAGGGCGUCUAAUUGAUGGAUUGAAGAGAGUAGGGGUUUGCAAUCCAGUCAUGCUGCUUGAUGAGAUUGAUAAAACAGGAUCUGAUGUACGGGGGGAUCCUGCUUCAGCACUUCUUGAGGUCCUUGAUCCUGAACAGAACAAAACUUUCAAUGAUCACUAUCUGAGCGUUCCAUUUGACCUCUCAAAAGUAAUAUUUGUGGCAACUGCAAAUAGGAAGCAACCUAUUCCUCCUCCACUCUUGGACAGAAUGGAAGUCAUUGAGUUGCCUGGGUAUACACCAGAAGAGAAGCUUAAAAUAGCAAUGCGGCAUUUAAUUCCAAGAGUUCUCGAUCAACAUGGCUUAAAUGCUGAUUUCCUUCAAAUUCCCGAGUGUAUGGUGAAGCUUGUUAUCGAGAGGUACACUAGGGAAGCUGGUGUCCGUGAUCUGGAGAGGAACUUAGCUGCUUUAGCGCGUGCAGCAGCUGUCAGAGUGGCAGAACAACAUCCUCUACCUCUCAGCAAAGAUGUGCAAAGGCUUCCUUCACCACUUUUGGAUAGCAAACUCGCUGAGGGGGCUGAGGUAGAAAUGGAAGUCAUUCCAAUGGGUGUUAAUAAUCAUGACAUUUCAAAUGCAUUUAGCAUUAGUUCACCUCUGAUUGUUGAUGAACCUAUGCUGGAGAAGGUGCUUGGACCCCCAAGAUUCAAUGAUCAAGAGACAGCAGAACGUGUUGUCACUCCUGGCAUAGCUGUUGGUUUAGUCUGGACAGCAUUUGGAGGGGAGGUGCAGUUUGUAGAGGCUACAGAUAUGGUGGGAAAAGGUGAUCUCCAUCUUACAGGUCAACUAGGGGAUGUCAUUAAAGAAUCUGCUCAGAUUGCACUGACAUGGGUACGCGCCAGAGCAACUGAACUUAAGUUGUCUACUGAAGAAAAUAAUCUCCUAGAGGGCCGUGAUAUCCAUAUUCAUUUUCCUGCUGGGGCUGUACCCAAGGACGGACCAUCCGCUGGAGUAACCCUGGUUACCUCACUGGUUUCAUUGUUCAGUCAGAGAAAAGUAAGAUCUGAUACGGCAAUGACUGGAGAGAUGACUUUGAGGGGACUAGUCUUGCCUGUUGGUGGUAUCAAGGAUAAGGUUUUGGCUGCUCAUCGUUAUGGCAUCAAAAGAGUGAUUCUACCAGAGAGGAACUUGAAAGAUUUAGUUGAAGUACCGGCGACCGUGAUUUCCAGUUUGGAGAUAAUAGUUGCUAAGAGAAUGGAAGAUGUGUUGGAACACGCCUUCGAAGGUGGUUGCCCUUGGAGGCAACACUCAAAAUUAUGACACGUACAAAAAAGAAGAUACAUAGUAACUCCAGCGCUCUUCCCCUGCAAAUCUAACAUAAAACAGCCAACCACUCCCCUAAAAUGCGGCUUGUAAAAUUCAGUGUGGACAUCUUUUUCUACAUAUUGGUAUUCUUUGCUUCUCAAGCUGUAUUCAUAAUGCUCAGAGCUAUUUGCCACUUCCGCUUUUCUAUAUAUACCACACUUGAUACCAUGUAUAGGUCUAUCUACUGAUGGAAAGAGCCCCUGAUGUUUGCUUGCACUCAAAAUAUUUGAUAAUCAAUGUGUUGAGCCUCUGCUUCCAUAAUUUAAUAA